AUUUAUUUUGCCAUAUACUCCAUGCUCAUUCUAGGUCCAUCGUCAUGCGAUCACUUUCCAGAUUCUGCAGGUCUGAAAUAGUUCCACCUUAUUUCUUCUUCACGAGCUGAUGAUUUUUGUAAUCCCUUUGUUGUUGUCGUUUUCGAUAUACGGAAUAAUCGUACCUUGGAGUUGAAUUGGCAGAGGCAGUCAUGCCGUCCGGUCUUCUUCAGGCCUUCCUGGGUGCUUUACAAGCUUGCCUGUCGAUCCUGCUGGUCAUAAGCUACGGUGUAAUAGCAAGCCAAUUCAGGUUGCUAGAUGGCCCUUCGUCCAAAAAGAUCUCCAAGAUCUGUGUGCGCAUGUUCCUCCCUGCACUACUUAUUACCAAAGUUGGAAGUGAAUUGCACGCUGGCACAGGAACCAGAUAUCUUCCCAUCCUGGUCUGGGCUCUUGUAUACAUCCUCGUCUCAAUGGGAAUCGGUGUCCUGGCGGUCAAAUUCCUCAAGUUUCCUUCUUGGGUCACGCCUGCUCUGGCAUUCAACAACACGACAAGCUUGCCUCUCCUGCUCAUCCAGUCUUUACAAUCCACCGGCAUUCUCGAUAAGCUGAUCGUUGACGACGACGAUGUCUCCUCGGCCAUCGCCAGGGCCGAAUCGUACUUUCUCGUCUGUGCUAUCGUGUCAAACUGUCUCACCUUUGCCGUGGGCCCGCGCUUGGUCGAUGCCGAGAACGCACCUGACGAGCCGGAAGACGACAAGCAAGACGAUGAAGACGCCGACCGUGAACAGAAUCAGGACGGCAACGGUGACGUCGAACAGGGACAUGGUGGUCAGGACGAGUUGACCUCCCUGCUGCCCCAUCGUAUCCGCACUGGGAAGGACGCUGCACACAAGACAGCGUUCCACGUCGGCAAGAAGCACUGGGAUAAAUUGUCUCCUCGCACUCAAGACACCUUGAGCUUUCUCUCCGAUUUUCUCAACGCGCCGCUGAUUGGAGCACUCAUUGGCGCCGUCAUCGGUUUGACGCCUCCUUUGCACAGAGUUUUUUUCAACGAGAGCUUGGACGGAGGGAUCUUCAACGCCUGGAUCACCGAAUCGCUGAAGAAGAUCGGACAACUGUUUGUCACGUUGCAGGUCGUGGUCGUCGGUGUGUCGCUGUCUUCCUCUCUGAGAAAGAUGAAGCGAGGCGAACAGAAGUCGCUUCCAUGGGCGCCUACGGCCUUCAUCCUGCUCAUCAGAUUGAUCAUUUGGCCUGUGUUGUCCAUCGCCAUCAUCUGGGGACUGUCCACCAAGACGAAGAUUCUGUCCACGGAUCCCAUCCUUUGGUUCACCAUGAUGAUUAUGCCAGCCGGCCCUCCGGCCAUGAAACUCGUCGCGAUGGCCGAUGUAAGCGGAGUAGACGAUGAAGAAAAGAUGACAAUAUCGAAAAUCUUGACGCUUUCAUAUGCCAUCUCACCUUUAAUGGCUCUCACUGUUGUUGGCGCCCUGUAUGCCAGUCAAGCUGCGAUGUGAAGAGCGUGACCAUUUCGACGUGGUCACACAAAGUAGAUAUUUGCCCGUCUGUGUGAUCGGUUGAAGUGGCACGACAGGGUAGUUUCAGCCCAAGCCAUCUCUAUGCAGAGUGCGCUAAGCGGGUUGUCAGUAAAACUUUCGAACCACCAAGGUCAAUAAUGUUUG